GCUGCCAUGUUCCCCUGCACCUGCUUUCUGUCCAGACCUGCUCGAGAUGGGGCUGCCAGGAGGGAGGGCAAAAUGGCUCCUUGCUCCGUGAUGCCCCAGCAAAGCUCCCUGCCGAGCUUGGCAGGGGCCAGCAGACAAGGAGCCAAAGUCCCUGUGCUCACAGCAAGCACAAGAAUGAACCAUGGAAAGCCCAGGAAGGUCUGAUCUGGCUUGUCCCCUGCAUGGCAUUGCCUUGCUGCAGCAUCUAAUAGAGAAGGGGGUUCUAAUUUUCAUUUCUCAUCUCUAAAAUGCCCCAUGUAUUGAGCAAAAACCUGACUUGCUACACACCUGCAUUUGCAAAUGGUGCACAGUCGAGGUGGCAGCAUGGGAUGAGCUGACAAGAGCAUUGCUGUUGGCUUUUGGGUUGCUGCAGGCAGGAGCGGGAUACUGUCAGGAAGGUGCAGAGAUUGCGGCUGCGCAUGCCACAUGCAGCAGGAUACCUUUUUUGUGGAGCGAAUCGCAGCAGAACAAAUGAAGCAACAGAGAGAAAAGGUAGCUGCGUGCACCUGGUGUAUCAGCCCUGCCCAGAGUGUUUAUAGGAAACUUGUCAGUCUCUGGCAUGCUACAGCCACUGUCAGAGAGCUGAGCAGCAUCGAAGGGAAAGGACACGGGUUGCUCUGCUUAUUUUCACUGUUGGACUCGGGUACCAUCCCAGGUGCUGCGCACGAGAAAGAAGAACUAUUCCAGAAUUUACUGGGUCAGAUUGCUGAACAGUUCUCAAGGGUUUUUAAAAUCAACGAGCUGAAAACAGAAGUAGCUAACCACUUGGCCAUGCUGGAGAAGAAGGUGGAACUGGAAGGCCUCAAAGUAGUGGAGAUUGAGAAAUGCAAGAGCGACAUUAAAAAGAUGAGGGAGGAAAUGGCAGCAAGAAACAGCAGGACUAACUGUCCCUGCAAGUACAGCUUUUUGGAUGAAAACAAGAGGCUAACUCCCUGGCGUGAUGUACCAUCCUAUCCAAAGUACAUGCUGUCCCAGGAGACCAUAGAAGCACUUCGGAAACCGACCUUUGACGUCUGGCUGUGGGAGCCCAAUGAGAUGCUGAGCUGUUUGGAACAUAUGUACCAUGAUCUUGGGUUGGUAAAAGACUUCAACAUCAAUCCUAUCACGUUAAAGAGGUGGUUGCUGUGCAUUCAUGACAAUUAUAGAAACAACCCCUUUCAUAAUUUCCGGCACUGCUUCUGCGUGACCCAGAUGAUGUACAGCAUGAUCUCACUCUGCAACCUCCAGGAGAAAUUUUCUCAAAUUGACAUUUUGAUUCUCAUGACUGCAGCAGUAUGCCAUGACUUGGACCAUCCAGGCUACAACAAUACCUACCAGAUAAAUGCGCGAACUGAGCUUGCGGUACGCUACAACGACAUCUCCCCACUGGAGAACCACCACUGUGCUGUGGCUUUCCAGAUCAUUUCUCAGCCAGAAUACAACAUUUUCUCCAACGUUAACCAGGACCAGUUCAAACAGAUAAGACAGGGGAUAAUUACGUUAAUCCUGGCUACAGACAUGGCGAGACAUGCAGAAAUACUGGACUCUUUCAAGGAAAAAAUGGAAAAUUUUGAUUACUCAAAUGAAGAGCACUUGACCUGUCUGAAGAUGGUGCUGAUAAAAUGCUGUGAUAUCUCCAACGAAGUCCGCCCAAUGGAAAUAGCAGAGCCCUGGGUAGAUUGCUUACUAGAGGAAUACUUCAUGCAGAGCGACCGAGAAAAAUCUGAAGGGCUUCCUGUGGCACCGUUCAUGGACCGUGAUAAAGUGACCAAGCCCACAGCACAGAUUGGCUUCCUGAAGUUUGUUCUCAUCCCCAUGUUCGAAACAGUAACAAAGCUGUUCCCAGAAGUGGAGGAGGUGAUGCUCCAGCCCCUUUGGGAAUCCAGGGAUCGCUAUGAGGAAUUAAAACAGAUAGAUGAUGCUAUGCAAGAGCUGCAGAAAAAGAAAAGUGAAAGUUUGACCACCAGCAGUACCGAAAAGUGAGAUGAAAAAGCCUGUGAGAAAGCAAGCCCUAAGGUUAUUCUGGUUUAGAGAAAUGCUGCAUUUGCCAAACAGACAUGGUGGCUACAUCAAAAUCCAGCUGGGACCAUAUAUCUGGAGAGGUGGCAUACAUGAACCCUGCCUGCCUGUCUGCCUGCCAGGGUGCCUUGUUUACAGCUUGCAGCCUGCUCGCACUGUCACUGCUGAUGUUGGGCACCAAGGGCUCUCUGGUGUGCCCCGCCGCAGCCCCCCCAGCAGGACUUCCAUUGCAGACUUUGCACAGGCUGCAGCACAUCUCAGACCUUCAGUAGAUUUGCCUUUUUUGUGACCACACUGACUGCAGUCUGCAGAGACAAAGUAGAGUUUAGCUAAGAAGCUUUUUCUGGAAAACGAUCCACUGGCAUCUACAAAUGAAAGGAAAAGCUGUUUUAGUCAAAAUACUAUCUACGUGUGUACAACAGUAUGCUAACUACAGCAUAGCUUAACAGAUGCUUCUGUUCUGACAGGGCUCCUGGCAUACAUUUUGGUUUGCCUAGUAGGCCCUAAUGACACAUUUCUCUGUAUUAUCUCUGAAUUUUAUAGUGUUCGAGUGCAUUCAAAAGCAUAGUGGAUGCAAUUUUUUUGUUUGUUUGUUUGCUUCCUACACUAGAAGAAAUUUGAACAAACCUUAAUGAGUUUGCAGUUCUGCUUUGUGGCCUGGCACAGCAAAGAAAGGAGCACAAAGCUGAAACCACUGUGCAAGCAUAUUUUCAUCCUGGUGGAUGCAAAAAAAAAAAGCAACAAUGAGAAAAAUAUGUACAGAUUUUUUUUUUUUUUUACUUUUAAACUGACCUGCUAAAUAAUAUAUUCUUCUACAGAAA